AUGGCCAAUGAGUUCAUUGCCAUGUUCCACAAUACCACGUACGACGAACACAUCGAUCUCGCCUUGCAUGUCAUGACGUUCUUCUCUACUAGUGACCCCCAGGCACAACGUCUCGCGUGGAUUCUGGAUGCUCUUCGGGAAGCCGUUGACAAGCACGCAACAAAAUCCAACACCGCCGAUACCACCAAUGACGACUCUGCAAACAGCGACCAGAAGAAACAUACCCGUGACAAGAACCGCAUGUUUCGUUUCGAGUUCCCCAGAGACUUCAUUCCUGGGACGACGGAUCCCAUUGACACAUUCUUUGUCUUGCAGCCUGCGCAUGCAGCGGCUGGCGGAGGGGCAGUCCCAUUCAGGGGCGGGCAGGGCGGCAGGACUCUUCAGGUGCCAAGUAGUCAGCUGGCGCAACCUCCUGCAGAUGCAGGAACUGGAGCAGGAUCGUCUCAACAUGUGGCUCCAUCGGCAGACUAUAUCCACGUAGAUACGGGCUUCGCCACACACAGUCAAGGCAGCAUCGAACAACAUCAGCAACCAGGUCUCUUGGACUUACAAAAUCAUUCCGUGAAUAUAGCUGGUGGCACGGGCGGCGAAGGGCUCGGGCCGGAUGCUUUCCAGUCUAAAGAUAGCAAAGCAGCCAACGGAGACCUCGACGGCACCGACUCGAUCGAGACGGAUGGCGAAGGGUUCGACUUUGACAUUCUCUGGAACUGGUCUAACCCGGUGGGCCAAGUCGCUGCCGACGGUACAACUGACGCUACAGUUGGGAUGACCAGUGUCGGCUUGAACCUCACAGAGCUUGGGAGUGGAGCUGUUCCAAGCACAAUGAACUUUGUGCGGACGGCGCAGCAACAAGGUGGUGGCACUAAUCUGUCGGCAUAUGGGGAUGCGACGCGAGGUCGGGAUGGGGAGGAACCGGGGCAGGGGGGUAGUGACAUAGACAUGAACCAUGCACCGGCGGCCACACACAAUGCACCGAUGCCGCUCCCGCCCAUGUACUCGCCAUACGGCAUGGCACCGUUGUCCAGCACUGUUGGCAGUGCAGGGCUUGGGAUGUCUGGAGUGCAUGGUCACGGUAACCUGGCCGCGUCCCUAAAUGUGCCACUCUAUACGACGACAGAUUUCGGAUAG